AUGAGAAAGAAAAAAACUUUAAAAGUAAGCAUUAAUGAAAUUAAAAAAUAUUGCCCAUUUGUGAAAAAUAUUCAAUUUCUAUAUAAGAAUAAUGAAAAUAAAAAUAAUGUAGCUUUAUCAGUUAUGUCUGAUUUAUGCCCAAUAGGAAAAGCAAUUAAUGAAAAACAUUUAAUAAUAAUAGAUAAUAAAUCAAAAAUAAAUAUAUUUAAGGUUUUAAAAGAAUCAAAUGUGGAAACAAAAAAUUUAGUUGAGUAUAUUAAAAAAAAUAAAAUGAUAGAAGAUUGUGAAAAUACUGAGGAUAGUACAUCUAUUAAUUUAAAGGAAUCAAAUAAUGAAGAUUCAUGUGUAUUAAUGAAGAAGAAAUUUAGUAAUAGUUUAGUAACUUCAGAAGAUGCCUAUUCUAUAUAUCAAAACGAAUGUAAUAAUGAUUUAAAAGGAUUUAUAAAUAAAUUAUUUUUAGAUAAAAGAUAUAGAAUAUUUACAAUAUUAAGUAAAUAUAGAAAAGAUUAUCCUAAAGUAAAUAUUGAAAAUAAUAAGUUAAAUUUGCCUAUUUUUUAUGAAUUUUAUCAAAAAUUUGGAUAUAAACCAUGUAUAGGAAAUACAGCUUAUAAAUUUAUUUAUUCUACUUCUAAUUAUGAUAAUAAUUAUAAUAUCAGUAGUAAUAAUGAUAUUCAUGUAAAAAAAGAGGAACAUCAACAUUUCAUGUGGAAAUUGAACAAACAUGCAAUUACUGAUGAAAAAACAGUUGUGUGGUGCUCUAACGAUUAUUUAUGUUUAUCAAAUAAUGAAAAAAUAAUAGAUGUAGGAAUAGAAACCUUAAAAAAAAUAGGUAAUAGUAGUGGAGGAACAAGAAAUAUUUCUGGAAGUUUAUUAAAUCAUACUCACUUAGAAUAUAUUUUAGCAAAAUGGUUUAAUAAAGAAAGUGCUCUUUUAUUUACUUCAGGUUAUAUAGCAAAUGUAGGUGCUUUACAGACUAUUGGAAAAUUAUUAAAUUUAGUUUUUGUAUCUGAUGAAAUGAAUCAUGCAUCUAUAAUUAAUGGAAUAAGAGAAUCUAAAUGUGAAAAGCAUAUAUUUAAACAUAAUGAUAUGAACGAUUUAGAAAGAAUUCUAAAAAAUUUGAGAACUAAAAAAGAAUAUAAAAAUAGAAAAAUUAUGAUAGUAUUUGAAUCUAUUUAUAGCAUGACUGGAAGUAUUUCUGAUAUUAAGGAAAUUGUUAGAUUAGCAAAACAAUAUAAUGCUCUCACUUAUAUUGAUGAAGUUCAUGCAGUUGGGUUAUAUGGAAAAAAAGGAUCAGGAUAUUCGGAAGAAUUGAAUAUAUGUGAUGAAAUUGACAUAGUUAAUGGAACUUUAUCAAAGACAAUUGGUUCUUUAGGUGGUUUUAUCUGUGCAAAUAAAUAUUUUAUUGAUGUUAUCAGGUCAUAUUCUUCUCAUUUUAUUUUUACUACCUCAUUAACACCUGUUAACAUUAGUACAUCUGCUGAAGCUAUACAUAUUAUUCAAAACGAUAUUAAUUUAAGAAAUAAGUUACGCGAUGUUGUCAAAAAAACAAAAGAAAAACUAAAAGAAAGAGGUCUACAAGUUAUGGAUAAUAAUUCACAUAUUGUUGUUCUUUUAAUUAACUGUGCAGAAAAGUGUAAACAAAUUUGUGAUGAUUUAUUAAAAGAUUAUAAUAUCUACAUACAACCAAUUAACUAUCCAACUGUUCCAAAGGGAUCAGAAAGAAUUAGAAUAACACCAUCUCCACUUCAUACAGAUGAGCACAUUUCUAAAUUAGUAGAUAGUUUAUAUACUUUAUUUAAAAAAUAUGAAGUUAACAUAUUUGACAAAAAAAAUAAAAAAAAAAUUGAAAUGGAACUUUAA